AUUUGUGUACGGCGCCCGUCCUACUAGAUCGCAGGUCCACGCCGCCCCGGUGUGGGUGUCGGUCUCUUGGCCAGGGAUUCUUUCAGCUGUGGCUCUCAAGUGUUUGGGGGGUGUGUGUGCGUGCGUGUAGCUGUCUGGCUGGCAGCUCGGGUCCCUCGUCCCCGGUUCCUAGGCUCGCUCAGCUCCUUCGCUGAAGCCCCGCAGUGAGAAAGGCGUGCCGCCAGCUCUGCAAAGGAUGGAGCAGACCGAGGUGCUGAAGCCACGGACGCUAACCGAUCUGAUCCGCAUCCUGCACCAGCUCUUCGCCAGCGAGGAGGUCAACGUGGAGGAGGUGCAGGCCGUCAUGGAAGCCUACGAGAGCGACCCCGCCGAGUGGUCCGUGUACGCCAAGUACGACCAGUACAGGUACACCCGAAAUCUUGUGGAUCAAGGAAAUGGAAAAUUUAAUCUGAUGAUUCUAUGUUGGGGUGAAGGACAUGGCAGCAGUAUCCAUGACCACACCAACUCCCACUGCUUUCUGAAGAUGCUGCAGGGAAAUCUAAAGGAGACAUUGUUUGCCUGGCCUGACAAAAAGUCCAACGAGAUGAUCAAGAAGUCUGAAAGAAUCUUGAGGGAAAACCAGUGUGCCUACAUCAACGAUUCCAUUGGCUUACAUCGAGUAGAAAAUAUUAGCCAUACGGAACCUGCUGUGAGCCUUCAUUUGUACAGCCCACCUUUUGAUACAUGCCAAACCUUUGAUCAAAGAACAGGAUAUAAAAACAAAGUUACCAUGACAUUCCAUAGCAAAUUUGGAAUUAGGACUCCAUUUGCAACUUCAGGAUCACUGGAGAACAACUAAGGAGCGAGCACCCGCCAUUUGCUGUUCAGUCACACACUUUACAAAGCCAAUACUUAGAUCUCCUGUAAGGCAGAUGCUAAUUAUACGGCAUUAAGGAAGCAAAUAGUUCCCUAAGCAACUACAGAAGAAAAAUCUCACUAAAGGAAAAAAAAAGGGGGGGGGGGGGCUUGUGAUUUUAAAGGCCAAAUCAAGUACUCUCCUGGUCUUAUUCUCUAAAUCAAGAGUGGGAACCUUUUUUCUGCCAAGGGCCGUUCGGAUAUUUAUCAUAUCAUUCUCUGGCCAUAAGAAUAUCAACUUAAAAGUUAGAUUGCUAUAUUUUGGUCAAACAUUUAAUUAAUUCACCUCUAAUGCCUUAGCAUUAGACCAAACGAUUUUGCGGGCCUUAUACAACCCACUGACCAAUAUUUCCCACCCCUGUUCUAAAUCUAUUGGAACCAUACUGGGAAUGUCAGUGAAGGGUUUUAUAGCUUUUGGGAACACUUUGGUCUCUGAACUAUAAUUAACAACAUAUAAAAACUACAGACAUCAAAUGCCUGCCUUGUGACUUGGAUAACUAAAUGUAGAUGUCUUUAGUAUACUUUGUAUGUUCUUAAUAUUUGAAGAGAAUUUUUGGAAUCUGUGGAUUUUAUUUUUUCAAUCAUAUUUUACAAAUUCCUGUUCUAUAAACAAUAGGGUUUUGUAGAUAGAUAAACUUAAAGUACUUUGACAUUUGGUAAUGAAAUGAGGGGCAAAGGAUUUAGAAAAGUAGAUGUAUCCAAACCCACAACAAACCAAAAACAUAAACUCAUGUCUGGUGUGUCCAGUGGUCAUAGUCAAAGACUUUGUACUAGUCUCAAAUUCUAAUAAAACUGGAUUUGAACCCA